GGGACGUCCGGGGCGGGCUCUGAGAACCCGGUGCGGAAGGGCCCGGCCCGGGCCAGGUCGGAACAAAGCGGUAGCGGCCCGGCAUGGCGGCCCCGCUCCGCCUCUGGCUGCUCCUGCACCUCCUGCCGCAGGUGUACUGCGAGUAUGGGAUGGUUCAUGUCCUUUCAGAGAAGGGGAGCAGCAAAGGAAAAGACUACUGUAUCCUCUUCAACUCUCAGUGGGCCCAUUUGCCACAUGAUCUGGGUAAAGCUUCACUUCUGCAACUCCAGGAUCAGACAGCAUCUGUUUUGUGUUCUCCUUCUGAUGUACCUGAUGGGGGAUUUAAUAAUCAAAUCCCCAUGGUGAUGCGAGGAAAUUGCACCUUCUAUGAGAAAGUGAGGCUUGCUCAGAUAAAUGGAGCUCGUGGGCUGCUGAUUGUUAGUAGAGAGAGACUGGUUCCUCCUGGGGGAAACAGGAGUCAGUAUGAAGAGAUUGAUAUUCCUGUGGCUCUGCUCAGCUAUACUGACAUGUUAGAUAUUGGCAAGAGUUUUGGCAGCUCAGUGAAAGGGGCAAUGUAUGCACCAAAUGAGCCUGUGCUGGACUACAACAUGGUGAUUAUCUUUGUCAUGGCUGUGGGGACUGUUGCAAUUGGAGGCUACUGGGCAGGAAGCAGAGAUGUGAAAAAGAGGUACAUGAAGCACAAACGUGACGAUGGGACAGAGAAACACGACGAUGAAACGGUGGAUGUGACCCCAAUCAUGAUCUGUGUGUUUGUAGUGAUGUGCUGCUCCAUGCUCGUCCUGCUUUAUUUCUUCUAUGACCACUUAGUCUAUGUUAUUAUAGGGAUAUUCUGCCUGGCUGCCUCAAUUGGUCUCUACAGUUGUCUGUCUCCCUUUGUAAGAAGAUUCCCCUUGGGAAAGUGCAGAAUCCCAGACAACAACUUGCCUUAUUUUCACAAGCGUCCCCAGGUCCGGAUGCUGCUCUUGGCAGUAUUUUGUAUCUCUGUCAGCGUGGUCUGGGGAGUCUUCAGAAAUGAGGAUCAGUGGGCCUGGGUUCUGCAAGAUGCUUUAGGAAUUGCUUUCUGUCUUUACAUGUUGAAAACAAUUCGCCUGCCUACGUUUAAGGGCUGUACCUUGCUCCUGCUGGUUCUUUUUGUGUAUGAUGUAUUCUUUGUGUUUAUCACACCUUUUUUAACAAAGACUGGGGAGAGUAUAAUGGUGGAGGUGGCUGCAGGCCCGUCGGAUUCUGCCACUCAUGAGAAGCUCCCAAUGGUCCUGAAGGUUCCACGACUGAAUUCCUCACCACUGGCUCUGUGUGACAGGCCUUUUUCUCUGCUAGGAUUUGGAGACAUUUUAGUUCCAGGCUUACUGGUAGCCUAUUGCCAUAGAUUUGAUAUUCAGGUGCAGUCAUCCAGAGUCUAUUUUGUAGCCUGCACAAUAGCCUAUGGCAUAGGCCUUCUCGUGACCUUUGUUGCCUUGGCACUGAUGCAGAUGGGCCAGCCUGCUCUCCUCUACUUAGUGCCCUGCACUCUCCUCACCAGCUUCGCAGUGGCCCUUUGGAGAAGGGAGCUGGCCAUGUUCUGGACGGGCAGCGGCUUUGCGAAAGACCUACCUCAGCCUCCUGUGGUGAUAGCCCCUGUCAACUGCCCUGAGCUUCCCAAAGACAGCAGCGUGCCAGCCCCUCCAGCAGACCCAGAGCAGAUGACCAAUCCCACCCUGCACGUGAAGGAGCUGCGUGGCCCCAGCUCAGCUGAGGAGGAGCUGGCUGACACCAGCACAAAGACAGACCAGUCAGAAAUCUCUCUGGCACAGAGUGAGGAACCAACUGCUCAGAAUAAGGACAACCUCGAAAGCAAAUGCCUAAAUGCAGAGCAAAGCCAGCUGGAAUGAGUGAUGUGAUAAGAACUCCUCACUUUUUCCCUCACAAACAUAUCCAUAUAAAACCAGUAUGUAUUUAGGACUGGUUUAGUAGGGUUUGCAUUCACUGAGGAACCUCGCUGGGAGUCUGAUCAGCAAAUCCAACAAGGAAUGUUCUGCCUCCAGCUUCGGGACAGCUACACCCUUCAAACAUCCUUCUGAAAUAUGGUGCUCUCCAGGAGUUCUGAUGUGUGGGUUUCAAUGAUCACUCUGUUAGUGGAUGCCUUUGACCCUUUGUUCCAUUUGCAUUAUGCCAGGGUAGCAUUAAGAGUCUUUAUUUACCCAGUGCUCUGUGCUUGUGUGGUUGUUUUGCUGCUGUAGCAUGGUGUAGGUUACCAUGGAGGAAAAGCAUUGAACAAGUCUGCUACAAUGCUUAGCUGAGAGAAACAUGGUCUUUUUUUUUUUUUUAGCACUUUCCCUAUUAUUGCCACCUUUUACUUUGCUUCUCCUGACUUGUCAAAGCCAUUGAUAUAAGGGAAUGCUUUAGUAUAAACUUAAAUUCAGGAAAUGCAGAGAAUGGUUAAAUUACCAUUGCUCUGAAAGGAUUUACACUACCGUGGUGCAUUAAAUGCAUCUCUUAACUUUUGUUUUUACUUCUAGUUACCUGGGUUGGCUACUAGUCUAGUUUAAAAGGCAGGAUGAGUGGAGCUCCAGGAGGCUUUCUAGUCAUUCAUGUGAACUCUAAGGGCUGUCUCUGAUAAUAAACAAGGUUGGUCACAGAAUGCUGCUUGGAAGCAAAUGCAUAUUAAGAAUGUUUUAGAAAUGAAAUGCAAGCCAAAUAGGUAAGAAAAUGGGUAGUAACACUGUACUAAGCUUAACAGGCAGUAUUUUCAUUGGGAAAAUGUUAAAGCAGUAAAAGUUCAUGUGUUUUGGGGCUUUGAGCUUCUAUUUGUUGUUCAUUCAAGGACUAUAAUUGUGAUUUCUAAUUCCGAAGAAAACAGUCUGGUUUUUUCAUUCCCAAGGGAGCACAUAUGGUGCUACAGACAGUUGUGAUUUAAAGCUACUUGCUGCUCAGUUAACUUACCAGCUGCCUAAGUCAUGUUUUGUCUUUGUCCCAAGAGCAGGCAAAGCGUGGCCUCUCAGGUUCUGGAAUGAGCCUGGGAUCUUACCUGUUAUUUUGCCUGUCUUGCUACAUGACAUUGUGAAUUUAAAUUGUGAUUUAAAUUUGCAAAUUUAAAAGUUUUGGGGUGCAGCUGGUCUUACCUUGUAUUCCUGAAAUUGUGUGUUUGAGUCUCUAAUGCACCGACUUUUAUACACAGAAGGAUGAUGUGAUUUGCAUCUUACUUGUUCCAUCUGAGUAUAUUUGUCUUUAUCAGAGGUGUCUGUUCUACACUUAAGUUGCAAUUCCAGAAAGCCUCAAACACUUCACAUGAAAACUGAAACAGAAAAUGGAAGUGUUAUAGGAUCCCCGAACAUGAUUCCAGAUUGCAUGGGAGAAAUGCUUUUCAGAGUAUUUGAGAGCCAAAAAAUGUCAUCUACAAAAGUAUUGUCACAGUGAUGCCAUCAGAGGCAUUGCUGUUGAAAUUAAGUCUCCAGUUGGCUUGUUGAGUUGCAGUUCAAGGGCUUUUUUUUUUCGUGUCUUGUCUAUUAAAUAUCAGCCAUUGGGGGUUUUUUUGGCUGUGUCUUCCGAAAGUUUGCCCUGUGUUUUUUGGGAGAUAACUUCUGUGGGCAGUGGUAGCAUUCUUAGGAUGUGAGUGGCUUUCUGUAAAACCACACUGUGGCUUCAGAGUUUCACCAGCUCCUGCUUAAAGCCUCGAGCCUUGUCUGACAGGAUGGUCCACUGAGGUUUUUGGAAGGCUUGCUGAGUCCAAGGGCCAGCAACUACAUUUAAUUUACAAAUUGCUCUAAUGGAAGGUGGUACUAAAGAGAUCUGGUUUUCAAUCUCCUCUUUAAUGGACUGUUCCUUUGGCCAGCAGUAAUCUGAUCCAGUUAUUACUAAUAAAAAGCAGCAGAGAAAUUUUACUGAAAACUUCAGUCAGCUGGAUUAUGACUUAAUUUUUAAGCCAUUGUGUAAGUAUGUAUAUUAAACUAAGAGAACAAUCUUGUAUUUAAAUAAUGAACCUGAUAAAUAACAAGAAAACACGUUGAAGACUGACUGAAGUUCUAUCAUUUUUGGCCUUGAUUGUCUCUCAGUCAUAACGUUUGGAGUGGCUUUGUACAUCCUUAAAAGCCAGUAGCUUCCUGAUAAUGAAGCAUUAAGUUUUAUCAUCUACUUGAACAGUGUAUUUCAGCAUUUGUUCUCCUGUGUGAUUGGGAAAUAGUUUGCUUCUCAGACUGCUCAUAGCUCAGUUCAAAUGGAAGAAGUGAUCCCACUGAACUCGAGGGCAUCUCAGAGUUGUGUUGUUCCCACUGGGUCCUGGGCAGGUCUGCAGGAGGACCUGCUUCACCUCAGCUUUUGGGGGCUUUCCAUCUACUUUUAAGUGUGACCUUUUUUUUUUUCCCCCCCCCCAAAAUGCAAAGAAUGAAGAAGAACCCCAAACAGCUCCUCAGUGCAGUAUCUCCAGUGAAAGCAUGUGAAGUGGCAACAAUUUACACAGUGACUAUCCCAGUACUGUACAAAUCAGGUGACCCUGGUGCUCCAGUUUGGCUGUGACUGUUCAGUCCUUGAUCCUGGGCAGUUCAAUCCUUCCAUCAAAACCCAAGGCUGUACUUUUUUGUCUUUGAAAAACCUCUCUGAUCAGCUUAAUUUAAAAAUUAAUGUUGUAUAGGAAAAUAUGAAUAUCAGUUCGACGUGGCUGAGUCUGAUUUUAUUUGCUGAUUGCAGAUAUACAUCCCCCUAGAUGUAUAUCUGGGGGAUAUCUAGCUUAAAUAUUUAAACUAGAGUUUAAAUAUUUAAAGUAAUGAAAGUAAUAUUAAUGUUAAAAGUAAUGUUGAUGGGCUUCUUGUUUAUGUCUUUCACAUACUAAGUCUUUAUUUAUCUUUCUAGAAAUUCAGUAAGGAUUUUAUUCCUGAGAACCUGUAUGUGUUCAGGGGAAGCAUUUCUUUUAGUCAAACAAACAAAUCCCAACAACAACCAACGCCACUAAAAAAAUCCUAUAAUAAAAAACCUCAACUCUUUGGAUCACAAUAGUGAGGAUCAGGUUCCUUCCUCGUGUUUAUUUUGGACUUUGCCCUUCUGAAGGGUUGUACAAAUGCAGCUGAAGGUAGAAUGGAACCUGAAAGCCUUUACCAAGGGUGACACAUAAGGGAGAAGUAUCCCAAGCCCUUUUUCAGUUUUACUGAUUUUAUUUUUUCUUAUCACAAAUUAAGACCAUUUAAAAUGAAAUAUAUAAAAAAAAAAGAAACAUAAAAAAAUAGAGCCAAAAAUACAUUGUUUUUACCACUGGCAGUAAAAAAAAAAAAGCACAUCCACCUAUGUAAGAAUUACACUUGUGAAAAUAUUUAAUGUUUUCUCUGAACUUGAACAGGUGCCAGGCAACAGAAAAUCUGCAGCACAGCCUAUUUUCUGAAAGGUUUAUUAACCUGUUUCGUAGAAAACUUUGUUGAGAAAAACUCUUGGUUUCCAAAUUUCUUGAACGUUUUUCAUGAUGUCUUGGUCUCGGAUAAUCAGUCAGGCACUUCCCUCAGUGUGGCUUUUGUUAGGAAUGUCUUGCAAGUCCUGACAGUGUUUUUCAGCCACUCACAGUCCCGUGUGUUUGGUUUUUCCAUCCCCCGUGCACUGCUCCGACUGGGAUCAGGAUUAUCAGGGACUUUAGUGCCUGGUGACUUCUGGAAGGUGGCCUUGACUGCAGAGCCAGCCAGAACCCUGUGCUGAAAUCACAGCCUUGGGAGCUUGCAGGGUGUGGCUGCAGUUAUUAGUGAAUUAAUCUGCCUCUGGGAGAUGCUGUGAAUUUACCUGCAGCUCUUUAAAAAAGCCUGUGUUGGGUGUUUGGGAUCAGUGUUGCCUUGAAGUUAAAGCUCACAUGCAGCUCUUUUAGUGCAGGUUCCUGCAGUUGUUCUUGUCUUUAGCCCAGUGGUUGGUACAUGUUUCUGGUUUCUUGCACUACACAGGCUGCACAGGACAUAAAGCCCUGUAAUAUUUCUUCUUAAUGCCAGCUCCACUGACUAUCAAUGAACAAAACUAUUUUGUGCAUGGUUUCAUUGUUUGGUGUGUUAUUUGUUGUACAUUUGGGUGAAUAAGCUGGCUAAGCAGCACUGUGCAUUAAUGUGUGUCAAUGCUUGGCACAGACACACCAACAGAUCUAAACAUUCAUCCAAAGCCUGCAGAGAUGGUGCCUUUUGCCAUGACAAAUACAAUGUUUUAAGAGGAAAUCUGUGUCAGGGCUGCAUCUUCAGGCAAAUGAGGACAGGAACUGUGGUUGAAGGUUCCAGAAAACAUCAGCAACAAGGAACAAUAGAUCUUUAGGUAUUUUAAUUUCACAUGUGGUUUCCCAGCUGGGGCAGGGCAUGAAAACAGAGCUGCACUAACAGCUUUUCAGUUUAGGUUUCUGUGCCAGUGGUGCUGGGUAAGGUGGAGAGGGGGAGGAUAAGAAAAAACUGAAGAUGGCUCAGAAAGCACGAGGAGAGUCAGAACAAGAAUGGCAGUGGAAGAGUUUACUCCAAAAAGAAGACCCAAGACCAAGUAUGAUAAAUAUCCAAAAAUCUGAAAUGCUGCUGCAAAUUGGAAAAACAAUUUAAUGCUGUUAUAGCAUGAACUUUGUCACAGAGUGCUCAGUUUGUCUCUCACCAGUGCUGUCAGGGAGUUCUGUGAGCACCGUGACACAAUUUGGAUCUUGUGACACAGACUGGGUCUUCUGCUAAUUAAAGGUGAUAAAUCCUCUGGAAGGAAACCACAUCAUGAAAGCACGUUAAAUAGCUGCAGGGCUCUUUCUACUCCUUUUUUUUUUUACUUUUUUUUCUUUUUAAUGUUUAAUUUGUUGAAUUGCUUCUGGCAUCCUGAAACAUUUCGGAACAGGACAGCUUUGUGUGCUGCCAGAAGCUUCCUAUGGGCACUGGCCUAAGAGAACUGUCUCUUCACUGAUCCUCUGUAUCUUCUGUAUUUAUCAAUUAUGUGUUCUUCUAUGAGGGUUUCACCUUUUCCAGUUUUGCAGGUAAAUAUUCAAAUUAUGUGGAGGAAAGAUGACAUUUUGCCAUCUGUAGAGAUAGGUGAUAAAUAAUGUGUCUGAACUGGAUUUUCUUGAAUUGGGAACUAGUACACUGUACACAGUCAUCCACUAUUUCAGGAACUAGUAGAGGACUUCAUGUGAUGCAGUAACUCAGACUUGGUUCUGUUUUCCCAGAAGGUGCUGGUGAGUCCAGCAGACAAGAGCUACAGGUGCUCCUGCUCCUACAAUAAUUUGGAGCCACCUUCCUUAGCUGAAGGUGGCAUUACAGUUUGUCAAGUUUCUCAUAAUAUUUUCCUGCAUGUUAGCAUGCAAGUUUAGCUCCAGACAGCAAACUUCAUCCAGGUGUUUGUCUCUGAGAGACAAAUCUGCAGGCUAGAAGUUUUUGUUGAGAACUUCUGACACACACGUGCUGUGUGUUGUGAACUGACCUUGGGUGUUUAGUGUGAACACUGGUUGGCUGAAAAUGUGCAGAGACACGGUCUCAAAGUGGACUGGUUAUCACCAGCUCAUGCCCCAUCCCUGGAAGUUCAAGGAUGAGCAACCUGGUGUUGUAAGUGGCAUCCCUGUCCAUGGCAGGAGGUUGGAACGAGACGACCUUUGAGGUCCCUUACAACCCAAACCAUUCUGUGAUUAUAAGAUUCUAUCACAUCUCCUAAAAAAAUUGGUGACUCGGGCUGGUAGGGAGCCCUGCAGUAGCAGACAAGCAACACCUCAUAGUCAAGUGCUGCUGAAAGGUCUCCAGCCCUGAGAACAUGACACUGUGGCAGGAGCAGCAACGUGCUGUUCAGUGGGACCAGUGAGUCCAGCGGGGCUUCCCCGAGCCCAGACCCUCGGGGUUGGGUUGUACACAAGGGUCGUAGCUGAUAUUUCCAACACAAUAACCUUCUCCUUAAGCCAGAGAUUUGUAAAGGAAAGAAAUAGCUCUUUUCAUCUGAAACGUGCAUCUGUAGUCAGGGAAGUGCCACAAACCUGCCACGUCUCCGUUGUGGAUCCAAGCUGUGAACGCUGGGAUGGGGGGAAGCUGGUGAUGUUUGGGGAGGAGCUCAGUCCUUCACAGUCCUGGACAUGCACUCCACAGCAAGGAACCAGGAGGGGAUUUUAUUAUUCUGCUCUGAACGAAGUUGUUCCAGUUCACAUUGAACAAAAACUUCAAAACAGUGGGUUCAGGGUUAGUUUGACCAAAAAAAAAAACCACAGUGGUGCAGUUCAUUCUGGUUUGGGUCAUAAUCUGGUUUUUUUCAUAGCUGCCAGUGGAGACUUCAAAAAAUGUACAUGACAGAUGUUAGAGCAGCCCCAAUGUUGGCAACAAGCCCAUGUAGGAGACAGGCUGAUUCUCCAAUGCCCCAUCAGUGGGAAGGGUCUGUGUUUGCUGGGGUGAACACGUUGCCCACUUGUCUUCAACUCUUGCUUUGCCACUUGUCCUCUCCAGCAACCUUUUGAUUCUCAAACUUUCAUGGAGCCAGCACAGGCUGUGGGACAGCAAGAGGAAAUCUCUGUGUCUGAUGCCCUCCUGGUGCUGUCUGAAAAGCUUGGAGCAGGGAAUUGGCCACCGUGCCCAGCCUGGCACCUGGGUCGUGUCAUGGGGCUAAACACACUAAACCUUUUUGACCUGGAAGUCACUGACAGGAAGGAAGAGCUCUGGUACUUUCAGCCUAGCAACAUAUGAAACAAAACUUAACUGUUUAAAGAAAAAUCUGCAUUUACAGCUGUGCCCAUGGAUGCUCUGCUCAUUCCUGACCUUGUUUCCUCAGGGCUGGAGGGAGUGGGGUCUGGUAACCCCCUGGCAACCCACCCUGUGACCCCUGCUAGUGUUUGCUUUACCAAAACAGAGUCAGAGGUGCUUUUGCUGGAGGCAAAAAUCAAGCAGUAUAAAGAGGGUGUAAGAGAUGAGAGCGAGACCCAUUUGCUUAAUGCUCUUGGAUGCUUGACAGUAGCUGCUUUUAGUGAGGAAGUUGAUUUUUGGAAGGUAACAUUAUCAGUAGAACAGUCUUAAAUUUGUCUGGUGUCUUUGUGGAAGGACUUUGUGAUGGUGUUCAAAUAAUAGUACGUAGGCUAGUGCUGUGAGGAGUGCAAACUAAAGGUUGUUAAUUUUAGCACUUGCAAAUGCAUCUAACUCUGCAUAUGUGCACAUGAGGGAGAAACUUAAAGCUCAUUUCAGUUGCUGAGGGCAAGAUUUUCUUGUGAUCCAACCUAUGGUAUGUUUUUGCUAUUUUAAGAUCUUCUAUGCAGUUUGGCCCCUUAAUUAAAAAAAAAAAAAAAA